ACAGAUGGCGGGGAGUUGCCUGGCAACCGAAACUGGGCGUUCCAAACAAUUGGGACCCGGGAUCCUCCGCGUGCGUCGUGUGCGGCUGCGCGGGCUCCCGUCCCUCGCAGCCGCGUCUCGCUCCGCCUUUUACCAUGCCUUUCCCCCGAGACCCUCUCCAGCACCCUACGUUGGAAAACGAUGACUCCUACCUGGGGAAACUCCGGGCUUCCAAGAAACUGCCAUAUAAGAACCCAACUCACCUUGCUCAGCAACAGGAACCCUGGAGUCGGCUCAGCUCAACUCCCACAAUCACCUCCACGAGGCGGGAUAUUUAUUUUCUUGAUCCUGAGAUACCAAAGGAUGACCUGGAUUUCCGCUUAGCAGCCUUGUACAACCACCACACAGGGACAUUCAAGAACAAAAGUGAGGUACUUUUACACCAGGAGACCACCCAGGAUAUCCAUGGAAUCAUCAAGACCCAAUUCCCUGGAGAACUUUUACCCCCUCCUCCACCACCUUCCGUCACUUCCCGAGCUAACAUCAGACACUGGAUCAACCCUAAGAAGGAGUCUAUCCACAGCAUCCAGGGAUCCAUAGUGUCCCCUCACACUGCUGCCACCAAUGGAGGCUACUCCCGAAAGAAUGAUGGUGGCUUCUUCUCUACUUAGUGUUGACAGGCCCCUGGACUAAUUAAUCAUAGUGGAACAUACUGCCGCCCACCUCCAUUAAAUAGAUUUCUGCUGGAUGAAGCCUGAAGUGCAUUACCCAUGGACUCAGAGUUGCCACUUAACUGCUUUUAAAAUGUGGGAGGGAUGUUUCCCAACUUCUAGAAACUAGUCCUCGUGGACAGAUUUGCAAUUUGGAAAGUCAUCUUGCUGAAAAGCUAAGGAUUUAGAACUAAACAGCACAUGGGUGCCUGCGUGGCUCAGUUAACCGUCUCAGUCUUGAUCUCAGCUGAGGUCUUGGGUCUUAGGGUCUUGAGUUCAGGCCCCACAUUGGGCUGGGUGUGGAGCCUAAUUAAAUCAAAAAAAGAAAAAAAAAUCUUGUUUUCAGCAGGGGACAGGUAUUCAUAUUUUGUAAAGUGGACUCAUUCCAAACUUGUAUGUCAGACACUGAGAUAAAUUUUAGGGAAACAAGAGUGGGCACAGCCCAUUCUCUUAAUGAGCUUACCAAACCAUAAUUCUGGAAGCUCUAUGGAGAAUUAACGUUUAUGCUGAGGUCAUCCAUACUUAACAGAUGUCAGACCUUCCGAAUUUAGUCAUCUGCUGGACUCUACUUUGCCAUAAGGGUUCCAUUUUCCUGGUCCUGGUUCCUUGCCAUUGUUCAUUCUCUAACUCUGCUCUCUUCUUGCCUGGGAGCCAAUUCCCUUUUGUCAAUUUGUGCUGUGAAAUACAGUCCUUGAUUCUUAUAAACGUGAUUCAACAA